AUGUUCAAGCAGUGUUGCAUCAGUGGGUGUAAUCAAGACGGACGCGAGAAAUUGUCAAAAAUUGAAGGGAAGGUACUUAUCAAGCCCGAGUUCAUCAACAGUUGCCCACGAGAUUGGUUGUUGUGUCAAACACACUUUGUUGAAAACGCAGAGAAACUUGAUUGUUGUAUUGAGCGAUGCAGCAACACGGCUUCGACCAACGAAAUACCACCAGAAAUGUAUGGGAAAGUUAAAGUACGCCCAAAUUGCAGCCACCACCUCAUCUGUCUUAAUCAUUUCAAAAGAUAUUCAACCAACAAAACGCCACGUGGAAAAACACACAAAGCAGUUGUCCCAAAUCUCCCACCUAUCAAGCGCGAACCUCCUCCUCAACCAGAACUCCAACCACCAGAAAAAAUGAAAAUAAAACAAGAGCAACCUCAAAAUUUCGACGACGACUCCGCUACUGCGGAAGAACCACUUCCAAAAGAAAUGGUGAACGAUGCUGGAAUUAAAUAA